UUCCAAAACCUAAACCCCAAAGCCUCUCUCAGGCCUCAGGUCAGGAGUCAGGUGAACAAGAAAGAGCCAAACCGCAAAAACAAAGUCACUGCUCCUUUAGAUCCCUCUCUCACUAUCUCGGUAAUCUUGCCCAAUCUAGUUCCAUUACUUACACGGGCCAGUAAUAGAGCUGCAGCCUUGUAUAUAUCAGAUUAGUUGGGAAUACAAGUAUUCUCUUCUUGUUCUUUAUUUUGAUCUGAUUUGUUACUUCAAUCUCUAACUUCCUGUUUUGGUCGUUUAUUGCGUCCUUUUCUACUUGCUACCUUCUUAUUAGGUUCUUCAUUUCCGUGCCUAGAAUCAAGUUUAUAGAAGUUGGUUGUCCUUAUGUUUGAUAAAAGUUCUCAGUGAAAAAUCUUCAUACAGUAGUUCACUUCAAACUGUUAAUGUUUCUGGGUUUUUAUUUGGCGGAUGGGUAUUGGAGAUUUAUGACAUUAGUGCAUAGAAUAUUGAGUUUGUUGUAUGGGUAUGUUUCAUUUUGAGGAAGAACUCAGAACAUGCUUUUUCUGCGGCCUAUCCGCAGAUUCUGCCAUUCUGCUGCUGCUGCCGCCAUUGCAUCAACUGGUAGUCGUGCUCCUGUAGCUAAUCACGUUUUGCAUCAGAAACCUUUGGAGGAUCCUGCCCUUGUCAAGUUAAAAGCAGAGAGAGACCCCGAAAAGCUAUUUAACCUUUUCAAGGCCAAUGCUCAGAAUAGGCUUGUCAUUGAGAACCGAUUUGCAUUUGAAGACACUGUUUCUCGUUUAGCUGGCGCUCGUCGAUUUGAUUACAUUGAGCAUUUGCUUGAGCACCAAAAGACUCUUCCACAAGGCAGACGUGAAGGCUUCAUUGUGAGGAUUAUAAUGUUGUAUGGUAAGGCGGGGAUGACUAAGCAUGCUAUAAAUACCUUCUAUGAUAUGCAUUUAUAUGGAUGUAAAAGGACAAUUAAAUCUUUCAAUGCUGCACUUAAGGUUUUGACAGGGACCCGUGAUUUAGGAGUAAUUGAGGCAUUUCUUAAUGAGGCAACUCAGAAGUUAGACAUCAUACUGGAUACUUUUUCAGUUAAUAUCAUUAUUAAGGCUUUUUGUGAAAUCGGUAUUUUGGAUAGAGCAUAUUUGGUCAUGGUACAGAUGGAAAAGUUGGGGAUAAGGCCUGAUGUGAUUACAUAUACAACGCUUAUAUCAGCAUUUUAUAACAACAAUCGAUUGGAGAUUGGUAAUGGUCUGUGGAACCUUAUGGUGCGUAAGGGGUGCUUACCCAACCUUGCAACGUUUAAUGUUAGAGUACAAUUUCUAGUCAAGAGAAGGCAAUCAUGGCAAGCUAAUGACUUGAUGGGUUUGAUGCAGAGAAUUGGGAUUUCACCUGAUGAGGUUACUUAUAAUUUGGUCAUCAAAGGGUUCUGUCAGGCUGGGUAUCUUGAGAUGGCUAAAAGAGUUUACUCUGCAUUACAUGCGAAGGGGUAUAAGCCCAAUGUUAAAAUUUAUCAAACCAUGAUUCAUUAUUUGUGUAAGGGUGGGGAGUUUGAUUUGGCAUAUACAAUGUGUAAAGACUGCAUGAGAAGAAAUUGGUUUUUGAACGUGGAUACCAUUUAUGCAUUGCUUGAGGGGCUAAAAAAGAACAGGCAUUUCGGCAAGGCUAAGAUGAUUGUGACAUUAGCUCAAAGAAGAGUGCCUCCUUUUUCUUCAAAUCAAUUGAGUUCUUUCCAGUCCAUAUUAUCUAGAAGUUGAUUCACUUGAUUGAAAGACAUGGAUAAGUUUGAUUAUUGUAAUCUCCAGCUAACAGGUCUAGCAAUUCCUUUCAAUUGAUUUUGAUAGAUUGUUGAACUAAAUGAACAUCAAGUCGAACUGGUUACGUCAGAUAAAGGAAACGUACUUUUCUUCAAUUAAUCUAUUGUACAAACUCAAUAAAGUUGUGGUGAGAUGAAGGUCUAAUGGACGGUGCUGUGUUCUUCAUUAUUUAUGAAGAGCUUGAUAACAAGAGAAGGAAGUCAAUUGUCUCAUUGCUACAUUUUGCUUGACUGCUAAUAUUGGACAGAAGUCACAAAUGAACGUUGCUACUGCGAGAAAGCGAAAGCUCAUUGAAGAAACGAGCCUGGAAUAAAGGGUACUUUAGCUGAAUCAAUCUUUAGGGGCAAGAGGCCGGAAUUCCAGUGGUGGAACUGUUAGGCAGCUGAAAAAAGAGCUUAAAUCGAAACUCCUGGUCCAUAUGAGCAUGUCUUUUUAGUGUGACAAGUUGAUAUUGAACGAGUCUGAGCUUAACAGAGUAACUUGUUGGCUGGUUGGAUGUGCAUUAUGUGGGCUACUUGGAUGGAUUCUAGGCUUCUGAUCUUUGCAUAACCACAAAAUUGUUUUAGUCACAUUAAUGCCUUUUGAGUUGCCUGAAUAGGGAUUUAGUUCCAACUUGGGAUGAACUUGGGGGGGAUUGCUUUUGCAUUUCUUUGCUUUGGUCGGUAAUGUGUAAUGUGCAGAGCUGAAAUGACAGUGGCCUGCCAGAUUACAAAGCUCGUUUUCUGUAUCUAACAUGAUUUUAAUUGAUGAAAAUCGCGAAAGUUCAAUUC